AUGGGACUCCAAGAAAGCUUUUCUGAAUAUUACGGCUCUGUUGAGCCUAAUCAUAGAACUAAUAACGAAACUAUAUCAGGAAGCGGUAAUUAUUACAUUCAUCAUGCAAUAUUUUCUUUCCAUUAUCAAAAAGCUGCAAUAUACCUUAGCUCUCCAAGCAAAGUAUUGCUCGAAACAUGCACAUUUUAUAAUAACAGCUCCACACAAAAUGGCGGAUCAUUCUAUUUCUACCAAUCUGAAUGCGUUAUAGUUCGCACUUAUUUAUUCCAUUCAUCAACCAGUUAUUAUGGUGGUGCAUAUGCAAUUGAAACAGAUAUUUUUCUUAAACAAAAAAAUUACGCAUUUGAAUGUUCUGUUUCAGAAUGCAGCGGAUCUCAAGAUUCUAUUUUUCAUUAUUCAGGAGAUAUUCAAGUAAGUAAUAUGAAUACCUCUUAUCACAAUAUUACUUUUUAUGCUGCAUAUAAGCUUGAUCAUCCAAAUGGAAGAGGAGUUAUGAAUCUCACAACAGUAUCGAAUACAUCAUCUAAAUCAGAAGCUGGAAUAUACAAUUGUGAUGGAUUUUUUAAUAUUACAAAUUGUAAUUAUAUAAGCAAUGAAUAUACAGGAAAGAAUUGGGGAAUAGUAAGGUGUGAUGGCACAAUUUCAUGCUUAAAUUGUUCAUUUAUAGGAAAUAAAGGAAACUAUUUAUUUGAUUGUAAACCAACUAUUAAUAAUUGUUACUUUAAUGAAAACGCUGUAACUAAAACUGUUAAUAAAGAUUAUUCAGGUACAUUUGGAUCAAUUGAACCAUUUGAUUCAUUAAUAAAUCAUUAUUCAACAUUUUUUUGUCCGGCUAAAAAUUUAAAAGAUAAUCAAAAAGUUUCUUCUAAAAAUUAUCAUGAAGGUGAAUUAGCUCUAGGAGACAUCAAUAUUAUUGUUAGCAUUGUUUAUAAAAUCUCAUUUGUUGUAGCAUUAAAUAUUCCUACUUUAAAAUAA